AUUGCUUGGUCAGCUUGCCUAUUGCCAUUGCAUUUCUUAUUAUCAACUGUCCCUUCACAUUCAAAUAUUUAAGCUGGAUUCCCAUGACUUCCACCCUCAUUCCUCCUAUAUAUAGGAUUGCCAUGGAGACAGAUUUCUAUGCUCUAAGUCCAUAGAAAAAACCAUUGAUGGCAGUGCCGGAGAUGAUGCUUGCGCUAUUAGCAAUAUUCAUGUCCUUUUCUCUCCUUCCGUCUCCUGUUACUUCAAACGAAGCACCCCCCGACAUAACAUCAUGGUGCAGCCAAACACCAUACCCAAAACCCUGCGAGUAUUUUCUGUCCCACCUCCCUCCUUCAAGCGUCCCCAAAAAGAAAUCCGACUUCAAAAAGAUUGUGAUGCAACUAGCCAUGGACCGGGCCCUCAAGGCCCAGAGCCAUACUAGGUGGCUCGGUGAUAAGUGCCGCAACCAUCUCGAGAAAGUCGCAUGGGCCGACUGCCUUGAGCUAUAUGAAAACACCAUACUACAACUCAACCACACCAUCAACCCAACCGCCGGUUGCACCGACGUCGACGCUCAAACAUGGCUGAGCACCGCACUCACGAGCCUCGAUACAUGCCAGACAGGCUUCAUCGAGCUGGGAGCAGCUGAGUACAUGUUGCCGCUAAUGUCGAACAACGUGUCCAAGUUGAUUUGCAACUCUCUAGCGAUCAACAACCCACUGCCCUCCGCGAACGAAACACAUAAAGGCGGGUACCCGAGCUGGGUAAGGCCUGGUGAACGGAAGCUCCUGCAGGCGUCGGCAACACCAGCUUCGCAGGCGAAUCUUGUUGUGGCCAAAGACGGAUCGGGCAACUUUAAGACCAUUAAAGCGGCAGUAGACGCGGCGUCGAAGAGGAAGGGAAGUGGGAGGUUUGUGAUUUAUGUGAAGGCAGGAGUAUAUAAAGAGAAUGUGGUUAUAGGAAACAAUAUGGACAAUAUAAUGUUUGUGGGAGAUGGGAUUGGGAAGACUAUAGUCACCGGUAGCAAGAGCGUCGGAGGAGGUUCUACCACUUUCGAUUCGGCCACUUUCGCUAUCAUCGGCAGCGGAUUCAUAGCCCGCGACGUGACAUUCCAAAACACGGCCGGUGCUGCAAAACAUCAGGCAGUAGCAUUGCGAUCCGGCUCUGAUCUAUCCGUCUUCUACCGCUGCAGCUUCGAAGGGUACCAGGACACCCUCUACGUCCACUCCCAGAGGCAAUUCUAUAAAGAAUGCGAUAUAUACGGCACCGUCGACUUCAUUUUUGGAAAUGCGGCCGUUGUUUUCCAGAACUGCAACAUCUAUGUAAGGAGACCGAUGAGUGGACAGCAGACCACGGUUACAGCCCAAGGCCGUAUGGACCCAAAUCAAAAUACCGGGAUUUCAAUCCAUAAUUCUAGAGUCACGGCCGCUUCGGACUUAAGGCCAGUGCAGGGGUCCGUCAAAUCAUACCUUGGAAGGCCAUGGAAGGAAUACUCUCGGACGGUCUAUAUGCAGACGUUCCUCGAUAGCUUGAUCAAUCCGGCCGGUUGGUUGGAAUGGAGUGGCAAUUUUGCUCUAAACACAUUGUAUUAUGUUGAGUACAUGAACACAGGCCCAGGUUCCUCCACCGACAACCGUGUGAAAUGGCGGGGCUACAACGUCAUAACCAAUCCCACGGAAGUUUCUCAGUUCACCGUCGAGAACUUCAUAUCUGGCGGGUCGUGGAUACCUUCCGCCGGCGUGCCUUUCACUUCCAGCCUUUGAUUAGUGCUAACAUGGGCCGUGGGGGAACGUUUAAUUAUGUGUAAGGCUGUAAGGCAUUAGUAGUUAUUUUUUCUACCGUGCUGGAAAGGGAACAUAACCCUGUGGCGCAUGGUAGAGAAACUGGUGUCAAAUAAUGUUCCUUUAUAAGGAUCCGUUGAUUUUUAUUUUUAGGUAUUCUUAUAACAUUGUACGAACGGUUUGUAUCAUUCCUCUCUUGGGUAGUAAUAACUAACAAGAUAUCAUGAUGUUUAUUUUCA